UUUCGACAGAUACUGGUUCUGAUUAUAUGAAGAAUUCUAUUUUGGAAGAAGUUCUGAAUGAAAAGAAAGCAGCAUUGCUCCAGUCCCCGGAAGUUAUGAAACUUUUCCGAGAAGAACAAUUGAAGAUACAAAAUAGAAACAAAACAAAAGAAUAGAGUGCAAGAAUGGAACGAAUUUAUUCAAAAGACAAUCCGCAUGUCAAUAGAUUUAUGACUAAAGAAUUUACUGAUGUUAUGAUUAAAUCAUGGACACCACAAUCUGAAGUAUGGUCUUUCAAAUAUGGAAGUGAUCUUCUUGGGAUUAUGAAUGCAGUGAAUGGUUCUUUAAUAAUGCACAGUAUCCGCAAGCAAUUGAAUUUGAGGCCAUAUGCUCGAAUGACUUGUUACGUCCCUGUAGCUGCAUUAUCAUAUGUUCUAACUGAAGGAUUUCAUGCUACUUAUAUAACCAGACAAAUACUAGGGUUUGAAAGCUGCCCACUUUGUAUUGUAACUAAAGCUGGUCUUAUGCAAGCAUCAUUAGGGGUCGCCUACCCUCUUGUUUUAUCUCCUGUUAUUGGAUUCUAUAUUUCUGACAAGCUGCUGACUUAUCCAGUGCCAUCCAUUCAUCGAGCCCCUAAGGAACUAUUCAAUCUAUGGCUCAAGCUGGUCACUAAAAAUCCUAGAUUUAUUUAUGCAUCCAUCACCAUUCAAGUUAUUGCAGCCUGUCUUGUUACAUCUGAAAAACAAUCUUUUUUCUUCAAUUUCAUUGGAAAGAAAAACUGAAAUUUUAUCCAAGUUAGAACUGUUAGUAAAUUAGGCAUGUAUUCAACAUGUAUUAUAUUUCAUGUAACAAUUCUUUUUAAUAAAAAUGUCUGAAAA